AAUACAGGAGAACAGUCGCAGCAUGUGUUUCACCUUGGAUGAAUGCUCAUACAAGAACACAUAUCCUCAGGGAAUGACGCAAGCAGGAACAAAUCCAACACCAGUAGGAACUUCACAGAAUCAGAUAUGUUUAGUUCCUAGUCGUUCACAGGCCAUAAUGUUUGGCAGUCCUGACAUUGAAGAAAAUCUAAAUUGGUCAAGGCCCAUUUGUUGUUUAGACAAUUGGAGGAGUGUCGCCGAGAAGGCUUUGAGGAACCCUGGAAAGAAGAGGUACAAAGGCCUCCUUACUUCUUUAGAUGGUGAUUAUUUGAGGGAGACGCGUCCAAAUUAUAUACCAGUGAUUUUGGAGAAAGAUGCAAGGAGUGACAUUCCUGACAUGGUCCGGAAGAAAUUCCUUGUCCCUGAUGAGAUGCCUCUUGGAGAUUUUUUUAAUCAUAUUCGGUUUCAAGUCAAGUGCAGCAGACAGUUCGUCGUCGGCGCAAUAAACCCUAUAUUUAUGUUUUUCAAGAACACUAAAUCUCCCAUUGACACCUUGAUGUCCGCAAUCUAUGAGGAAAACAAGGAUGAAGAUGGAUAUGUUCACAUUACGUACAGUGGAGAGGAGAGUGUAUGUGGAUCCAAUGAAGCGCAAGAAUGCAUGCUAUGUGGUAGAUCUUGAGGGAAAGUGUAAAAUCUCGGAGCUCCGAGUGAAUGAUCUGACUUGCUUAAAUCCUCAUCUUGUGGCCUUAUUAUGGUGCUGGAAGUAUGUAGUUUUAUGACAUCGAAAGAAAUGGACUUGGCAGCCGCAUCCAUGGAGUUGAAAUAAUUUUAAUGAUUUCCCAG